AUGUUGAACUUCAAUAUCAACUACACCGGUGCCACGCGGCUGGCGAGGUCCGGAGGAGUCGCCCGCGGCCACACGCCACACUCAGCCAGGACGACGACUUUUGACCAGGCGGUGGGUCGCGAGAAACCUUCGCCCCAACAACAUCAAGAUCAUCACUCGCAGCCCGCUGAAGCUGGUUCUUCGCCAAGAGCAUCGGACCGGGCCUUCAGCAUGGAGUGCCGGAUGGGCAGUGCGCUGGUUGCUGAUUUGUUUGAUGACGCCUACUGUGCAAACCUGGCCUUCAUCCCAAAACUUGUCGAAGAGAGAAGCCCCUCAGCUUCUCAACAGGUGGCCCACGCCAAGUCAGUUUGGCAGGAUCCAGCUUUAGCGUUGAGAGACUGCUUCGUUUCAUUAUUGGUUAACACCUUCGAGUGCGAAUGUCAAGGCAUCGAAGGCAUCGCAGGCAGUGUGCAAUUGGGCACAUUGACUUCCGAAGAAAAGCACGUCGUGCAAACAAUUCUGCGUAACAGCAGAAAGAGCGAGAAAGCUUUGCUUGAGUUCAUUCCAAUUCCGAGAUGUGUUCAUGGGAUGAUGGCGUUGCUGAUGGAUCCUUUGUUGGACUGUCGCCAGCAGCUCGAAGGUGGAGGUCGAGUCGCGGACCUCUUGGCAAGCCCUGCGCUGGCAUGCCAACAGCGUGGCUACAAUUUGCCGCUGGAGAUGAUCGUCUGCGGUUUCACGGACGAGGAUGUACUCAUGCUAAACUUGGACCAGAAUCAGAGUCACCUGGUUUCACUCAUAUUGCAGGUACUCCAUACUAAUUCACAGUCUAAUUAA